CAAACACAAACGAUUCGUGAGUGCAUCGUACGUGUUGUAAGAGCAAGUGAAGCUGAAAGACAUUGACAGUUAAGUGAUGGCUCCCUCUAUCAAUCUCUUCACCUUCCUCGUCCUGUCCCUGGUGGGGGGCAGCUCUUCAUGGGACGAAGCUUCGCCUUGCGGAUCCGGCUCCAUCCUGACAAGGCCCUACACGGCCUUGUGUGAGCUGGAUGCGGUGUGGGGCUUGGUAGUGGUGGUGGCGGCAGCGGCGGCGGCCCUCGCCUCGCUGAUCCUGCUCCUGGUGGUACUGUGUCGCCUGCGGAAGAUCACAGAGGCUGAGGAGCGCAGCGGGGUGGCGCCGCUACUCCUGCUGCUCGCUGCCAUAUUUGGGCUCUGUGGCCUCAGCCUGGGAUACAUCGCUGAGCAGCAAGAGAGCCUCUGCUUCGCCCGGCGUGUCCUGAGGGGGGUGUUGCUUGCUGUCUGCAACACCUGCCUAGUGUUCCAGGGUCUGCGACUGCGCCGGUUGGGACAAGGUGCUCAUAGCCCCAGCACAGGUCAACUGAUGGGGCUGGCGGUGGCCUUGGCCGUCCUGUAA